AUGGGAGGUUUAGCAGCUAAACUUGUCUUUAAAAAGGGCAAGGACAAAUUUUAAACUUAGCAUGAUUCUCUUUUAGACAUCGGAGCAACAGAUAUCGAUGGAAAUAGAAUCAAUAAACUUGGAGACAUACUUAGAAAUAAAAGAUGUAUUCUUGUGACCAAUGUAGCGUCUAAGCUUUACAAAGAGUAUCGUGACUAGGGUUUUGAGAUCCUAGCUUUUCCUUGCAACUAGUUCAUGAGCUAGGAGCCAGGCUCAAAUCAAGAGAUAAAGCAGUUUGUGCGAGAUCUCUAUGGAGGUGAGUGGCCAUUAUUUGAGAAAUCUGACGUUAAUGGCUAAAACAGUAAUGAAGUUUUUAAGUUCCUCAGAUAUCACUCAGAACUCAACAAUAAAGAAAAGAAAGAAGUCAAGGAGAUCCCCUGGAACUUCGCUAAAUUCUUGGUUAAUGAAGAUGGACACGUUAUUUCUUAUCAUAAUCCAAGAGUAGAACCAAUUAAUAUGGUCAAAGAUAUAGAAGCAUUACUUUACCAGGGUUGCUGA